UAACCGGACGUUGAAAUUCGAAAAUAAAAAUUAUAAAUAAAUUAAAAUAUUAAAACAAAAAAUACGAAACAAAAAUGGACGGGUACAUGUGCGGUCUAGGCGAAGGAUUUCUUGAAUUCUGCGGCGCCCAUGGCUACACUAUGGAAUCUUCCUACGACUAUGGCGGAAACCCCCAAAUUUACGGGGAUUUCCCGGAUUUUCACUCGGACGCGUACCUGGAUUCUCCUGAAUCGGACCAAGAAAAUUACGGCAACUUUUUCGACAACCGGAUUCAGAGUUUGGUGGAAGGCGGCGCCCCAAAGAAAAACCAGCAGCGGAAAGCGGCCAAUAUGCGGGAGAGACGGAGGAUGAAGUCCAUUAACGACGCCUUUGAGCAUCUGAGGAGGCGGAUACCGUCGAACGUCAAUGCGGAUAGGAGGCUUUCUAAGGUGGACACACUGCGGCUGGCCAUCAGGUACAUCUCCUACCUGUCAGAGCUGGUCAAGACAUGCGGUGACGUCAAGGACAGCUCCAAGAACAGGAAGUCUCAGGAGAAGAUCAUCCUCAAGUGCCAUUACACCGACAUCGACGACUGCGACUUCGAGAGCGGGCAGACGGUGAUCGGCCACUCCCUCUCCUGGUGCCACAAGAAAAGUGACGUCAAGACCCAGAGCACGCGCUCCGCUAAAAUCUGGAUGCCGGGCGCGCCGACAGAAUCUGACCUCAUCAGCCUCUCGUCUUCGGGCGGUCACGUGAUGACCGUCUCCUGAACGCCCCAUGCAUCACUCUCGUGGUUGUUGGUGGUACAGAAUCCCGUGUUAGGUAUAGAUGCGCUUGGAGGAGUCAACGCUCUACCCCAUGGAUAGUUGCUUCAGAUUCUUGUUUUUCAAGCUAAAGACAUUAAGACUCACUUGGACUUCCUAUGAACUACUCAGUCUUUGGAAUGUUGCUUAAUGCUCACGAGUUCUUAGAUAUAAACUGAUGCAUUUGGACACGUUUAUACCCGGAUAAAAUGAGGAACUUUGCAGACACUAAAAGUUUUUUACUUUAGUUUUUAUAACUCGCUAAAUUAUAAACACACAGCAUUUCUUAACGCAUUUAUACAAAGUGUUAAUAUUUCUUGAGGCUCCUUGGUUCAAAUUUCUGUGCAUUUUAAUGUGUAGAACAUUUGUUAAAUCUAUAACAUUUCAUGCAUUGUAUUUAGUUUUAUUGCUGCAUACAACCGUAUACUUUAAAUCUAUCUACUGCAUUCCAAGUCUUCCUGUCCUGUUUGAUAUGGGACGGUGUGGUCUAGCGGUAGAUCACGUUAACCCGGAAGUCACGAGUUCGGUACUCGGGUUCGAGACGUAGGUCGUCCAUCAAACAAACUGUCCAUCAUCAUAGCCAACAAGGUAGUGUUGGUGGAGGUGGACCCCACGGGUCUAGCGGGUUGGUGGAGG